AUGUCAACAGAAUAUUCUGUAUAUUUUGCAGAACUAGACUAUGCUCUUAUCUUAUAUUUUAUCCUAACCUUAUUAUUAAUCUUGGUUCACUCUCAAGAUUCUCAAGAUACUCAAGAUGUUCUUGAUUUUUUUUUAAACAACUGUCCUACAAGCUAUCUUCUCCGUUCAGACAAUUCAGACAUUAUUGAUUCAAAUUUUGUUGAAUCCUGUUCGGUUUCUCCAUUAAAUGAUAAAACAGAAAUCGACAAUCUCACACGGUUUAUUACUUACUCUGCUGCUGCUUAUUGCACAAAUUCUAAAACGUGGAGUUGUGGGAAAUUUUGUGAUGAUAUUCCACAAACCACUGUUAUAAAAGAUAUCGUACCUUCCUUGGUUGGAUUUUCCUUUGAUGGCAAUGAGAUUGUUGUCGCUUUUAGAGGAACCAAAUCCACUUUUGAUAAAAUAAUAGAUGCAUUAAUGUUUCAAAUACCAUAUUAUCCUUCAUUCUCUACUGAUAUUUCAGAGGUUAUAUCAGAUUGUUCGAGUUCAUCUAAUUGUGAUGAUGAUGAAGAUUGUUUAAGUCCAUCAUCUACCUGUGAAAAUAAACAUGGAGAUAGGCUUAAUUCCUGUUUAACAGGUGAUUUACCAUGUGUACAUUUUGGUUUUUACACUUAUUACCUACUUGUUCAAGACGAGAUAAAAAAUGAAAUCUCUGAUUUAAUUAAAAAGUAUCCUAAUUAUGAUGUCAUUGUAACUGGACAUAGUCUUGGAGAAGGUCUGUAA